AUGGGCCGCCUCAACAUCAACAACAUCAACCCACACGUCCGCGCCGCCGAAUAUGCCGUCCGCGGUGAGCUCGCCGUCAAGUCGGAGGAGCUGCGUGCGCGCCUGAACAAGGGCGACACCAGCCUGCCCUUUGACAAGAUCGUCUCGGCCAACAUUGGCAACCCCCAGCAGCUGGACCAGAAGCCCAUCACCUUCUUCCGCCAGGUGCUCAGUCUACUCGAGUUCCCCAAUCUGCUGGAGAAGGAGGAUGUCCUGAUCAACCAUCUUGGCUACAAGACCGACGUCAUCGAGCGUGCCAAGUGGCUGCUCAAGCAGUGCGGCUCUGUUGGUGCCUACAGCGCCAGCAGCGGUGUGUACGCUAUCAAGGAGAGCAUUGCCAAGUUCCUCGAGAAGCGAGACGGCUUCUCUGCCAACCCUGACCACAUCUACCUCUCUGCCGGUGCCUCGUCCGGAGUCAACACUCUUCUUCACAUCCUCUCCGAGUCCGACAAGUCUGGUGUCCUCGUCCCCAUCCCUCAGUAUCCUCUCUACACCGCCACCCUCUCCGUCCUCGACGCCACCUGCGUUCCCUACUACCUCGACGAAUCCAAGGCCUGGGCCACCGACCUCGCCACCAUCCGAGGAGCAUACGACAAGGCCAAGGCUGACGGCGUCGACGUUCGCGCCAUUGUCGUCAUCAACCCCGGUAACCCUACCGGAGCCUCCCUUUCCGAGGAAGAUGUCCGCUCUGUGAUCGACUUCGCCAGCAAGGAGAAGCUCGUCAUCAUGGCCGACGAGGUCUACCAGACCAACGUCUUCAUUGGCAAGUUCCACAGCUUCAAGGGUGUCCUGCGCAAGCUGCAGCAAGAGAACCCCGGAAAGUACGAUGAUGUCGAACUCGCCUCUCUGCACAGUAUCUCUAAGGGCAUGGUUGGCGAGUGCGGUCACCGUGGUGGUUACUUUGAGCUGGUCGGAUUUGACGCCGAGGUCGAGGCCGCCAUCUACAAAUUUGUCUCCAUCAUGCUCUGCGCGCCCGUCAUCGCCCAGUGCCUUGUUGAGCUCAUGGUCAACCCUCCCCAGCCUGGCGAGCCCUCAUUCGAGCUCUAUGACAAGGAGUACAACGCAGUUGCCAACGGUCUCCGUGAGCGCGCCAAUGCUCUUCACAAGGCCUUUGAGCAGAUGGAGGGUGUCGAGUGCGGCGAGCCCCAGGGCGCCAUGUAUCUCUUCCCCUCCAUCAACCUGUCCCAGAAGGCUGUUGAAGCUGCCAAGUCUGAGAACCGCACGCCUGACGAGUUUUACUGCAUGAGACUGCUCGAGGCCACCGGCGUCUGUGUCAUCCCCGGCAGCGGCUUCGGACAGAAGGAGGGCACCCUGCACUUCCGUACCACUUUCCUUGCUCCCGGAACUGAGUGGGUUGACAGAAUCACCAAGUUCCACAAGGAGUUUAUGGACAAGUACAGGUAA